GGCAUUUCCAAUAAGAAUUUUGGCUCUCGACAUAAUAUUAUAUUAAUAUUUAGUUUUAUAUAUAAAUACAAAUUUAGGUAAAUAUUUUAUCACUGGAUUUAAUUUAGACUUUCAAGAACCGGCUUGAUAUUUUUGGCAUUGUUCAGAACAAAAUAUAUCGUCUUGAGUCAACACUUUACCAACUAAUUAUAAUUAUUUAUUUGAGGUUUUGUCAUUAUUGGUGAUUCACUAUGACUCCAAAAAAUACUUUUUAAAUUUUUUAAAAAAUUAAAUUAGGAUCAUCAUUGAAAAACAAUUAUUUCCGGCGUCAACAGUAAACAUAUACAAACAUUAUUAAGGGUUUGUAAUUACCCUCACACCACAUGGCAUCCCCCUUCCCUCUUAAUUUAUUGGGCUAAAAAGUUUGACCAUAUCCCAGCAACUGUUGACACUAAAAUUAUGAAAGUUUUUGAAGAAAGUAAAUUAAUGACUAAAUAAAAAGUAAAUUAAUGACGAAAAUAAAAUUUUCAUCAAUGUAGAUAUGUUGGGUACAACUAAACUAAAUUUUGGAUGGAUUUUCUGUUUCCUGUAACAUAUUCAUUCUUCCACUAGUUCUGUAUAUAUCUUUAUUUCAUCAAUUUCUUCUUAUCUCAUUAUUUUUUUUUCAAAAAUAUGCACGAUUUUACUUUAACUUAAUUGGUUGUGUAAAAACGUAAAACAUGUAUAACUAAAUUUUAAAGCUUACAUAGAACAGUGAUUUUGUGAUGAUUUUAAAGGUUACAUAACAACUGAUUGAUAAUGGUACAAUUAGAUACAUUGAAGUAAGUAUAAUUUAGACAAUUAAGAAUAGAAAAUUUGUGAAAUUAACUGAAAAUAAUUGAGUCAGAAUUUACAUGUUUUCAGUUAAAAGAUAAUCUCGAAGUUGACAAACAUAAUAUUUUUCUUAAAUAGCUAAUCAAAGUUUAACCACACUGCUAAUUUAAUUAAUUUUUUCUGUCACCCAUUUAAUUAAUUUUAUUAUAAAUAUUUUAUUUGCACCAAUUUACUACUUAUAUUUGCAACUUAUAUCUGCCUAAACGCAUGGCAGGAACAGGCCUGGCCAGGAAAUAGAUAUAUUGUGAUUGUAUUAAAUGAGGAACAUCCCAAAAAUUAAGCUAUUUGUACUUUCAAAGCAUUUAAAACUCUGGAUAUAGAAAAACAAUUCGUGGUCAGCCUAUGAGUAUGAAAAAAAAAUUAUUAUAGUCGACCAGCUGUUUUCAGAUAAUAGAAUAAUCACAACAAAACCGUAGCAUCCUGUCCUAGUAAUACCUAAACGAGUAAAAUAAAAGUGUGUGAAAAGAGGAAAAAUAAUGAACAACGAAAAACGAUGUCGUUUCAGGGAUUAUAUACCGAAAUAGCAAAUGAAAUAUCUCAUAUAGAGUUGCUUAUAAAUGGCCGUUUAUAACUUGCACUCUAUCCUUCUUCAUCUGCAGCUUCAACUCUCAUUCCCACUUCCUCGCCGUCUCUACAUGCAUUUUCCCAAGAAAUAGAGGAAGAUCAUUGUAUAUUCAUGUAAGUCUCACUUUUCAUUUAUGUUUUGGAUGUUAAUGCAUGAUUGAAUUCCUAUUUUUUUUGGGUUAGGACGAUAUUAUUUUAUGUUCAUGUGGGUUUUCUUCUCUUUCUCUUCAUUCUCUGUUUGGUCUUUGUCAUUAGUGAUUUACGGAUCAGUUUGAGCUUCAUUUAACUGUGUUUCUCUUAGUAUUGGUUUAAAUCAAAUUGUGUGUGUUUCUAACUUUCUUGGAUCAAUAAUUAGGAUUUGGGAUUAGUUAUCUUGAAAUGUAUCUGCUAGAUCUUAUUUUUUAGAAUUCAUAUUUUGUUUGUUUGUUUAGUGCAUGAAUUAUGACUAUUCACAUUUUGUUUGUUUGUUUGUUUGUUUGUUUAGUGCAUGAAUCAUGACUAUUCACGAAAAAGACUAGUAAAAUUUUUACUUCGACAGAUAUUAUUUCUUCAUGUGUGCGUAAUAUGGUUUAACUAAUAUCUUAAAAACACUUGAAUUGCUUUACAUAAAAGUGAAAACUCUUUUUUUUUGUUUGUUUGUUAAAACUACAGAGUUGAAUAAGAAUGCCAGGGGAUCAGUUACAAGUGUUGAAUGCACUUGAUGUAGCCAAGACGCAAUGGUACCAUUUCACGGCGAUUGUAAUUGCCGGAAUGGGAUUCUUCACCGACGCUUACGAUCUCUUCUGCAUCUCUCUCGUUACAAAGCUCCUCGGUCGCAUUUACUACCACGUUCCAGGCUCCUUGGAGCCUGGGACUCUCCCUCCCAAUGUCGCCGCCGCUGUCAACGGCGUUGCCUUCUGUGGAACCCUCACCGGUCAGCUCUUUUUCGGGUGGCUUGGUGAUAAGCUCGGGAGGAAGAAAGUUUAUGGUAUGACGUUGAUGGUCAUGGUCAUUUGUUCCGUAGCCUCCGGUCUCUCUUUCGGACACAAGCCGAAAUCCGUGUUGGCCACGCUAUGUUUUUUUAGGUUUUGGCUUGGAGUUGGGAUUGGUGGUGACUAUCCUUUGUCCGCAACGAUCAUGUCUGAAUAUGCUAACAAGAAGACUCGUGGUGCGUUUAUCGCUGCGGUUUUCGCUAUGCAAGGGUUUGGGAUUAUGGCUGGUGGCAUUUUCGCUAUUAUUAUUUCAGCUGUUUUUGAAGCUAAGUUCCCUGCUCCGACCUAUGCGGAAGAUGCCUUGGGAUCCACGGUACCACAAGCAGAUUUUGUAUGGCGUAUAAUCUUGAUGUUUGGUGCUCUCCCUGCGGCAAUGACGUAUUACUCUAGGUCAAAGAUGCCUGAGACAGCAAGAUAUACAGCUUUGGUUGCUAAAGACGCAAAGCAAGCUGCUUCAGAUAUGGCUAGGGUUCUGCAAGUGGAGAUAGAGUCGGAGCAGCAGAUAGUGGAAGAGAUCUCAAAUGGUAAGUCCAAAGACUUUUCCUUGUUCUCCAAGGAAUUUAUGAAACGCCAUGGACUUCAUUUGUUGGGGACUACAUCUACAUGGUUCCUUCUCGACAUCGCUUUUUACAGCCAAAACCUUUUCCAGAAAGAUAUUUUCAGUGCCAUUGGGUGGAUACCUCCGGCUCAAACCAUGAACGCGAUUCAAGAAGUUUUCAAGAUCGCAAGAGCGCAAACUCUCAUUGCCUUGUGCAGCACGGUACCUGGUUACUGGUUCACAGUCGCUUUCAUCGACGUUAUUGGAAGAUUCGCUAUUCAACUCAUGGGAUUCUUCUUCAUGACGGUCUUUAUGUUUGCUCUAGCUAUUCCUUACGACCACUGGACUCACAAGGAAAACCGAAUCGGAUUUGUUGUCAUGUAUUCAUUAACAUUCUUUUUUGCCAACUUUGGGCCUAAUGUUACAACUUUUGUUGUGCCGGCCGAGAUCUUCCCGGCCCGGUUCAGAUCAACAUGCCAUGGUAUUUCUGCAGCAUCAGGAAAAUUGGGUGCAAUCGUUGGUGCUUUUGGGUUCUUGUACUUGGCUCAAAGUCCAGACAAGAACAAGACAAGUGCAGGAUACCCUCCAGGGAUUGGUGUCAGGAACUCACUUAUCAUGUUGGGUGUGGUAAACUUUUUGGGUAUUCUAUUCACUUUCUUGGUGCCUGAAGCUAAAGGGAAGUCUCUUGAAGAAAUAUCUGGUGAAAACGGAGAGAGUGAGAACACCAACAACGGGAAUAGAACGGUCCCAAUUGUUUAGGUGAUGAUACACCUUUUGUUAUUCUUAUUUUUUUCUCCUCUCAAGUUUUUUUUUGUGCGCGCGUGUGAUCUAUUGAUGUUUAAAUAAAAUGUUACAGAAAACCAAAACUUUCACGAAUCGGUUUAAGCUCGAUUUCUAAAUUGGACAAGAGCUGAUCUUAUCCUUUACUGUUUAUUUGUGAUUAACUUAUACUAGAUUUUGAUGCAUGAUUGUUUCUUUUUCUUAUUUUUAAAAUAUAAAUUAUGUCAUUAUUUGUGAAUCAUCUUUAUUAUUUUAUAUUUACAUGUAAAAAUUAUGAUAGGUUUAGUAUAAAUUGAUAAUAGUAGAUUUUAUUUGUAUUAUGUUAUCAGUAUCUUGACAUAAACGUAAGAGUCCAUAACACUUUGUUAACAUUAUUUCAUUUGGCGAAAAAUAAUUAACGAGAUUAGAUUGAUAUUAUAGACGAAAUGAGCUUAUUCGGAUUGGCUUAACACUACUAAAAGAUGAGCUUAAUUAUUUUGGGUUUAAAUUAUCGUAAAACUUGAUAGGUUAUAAAAACUCUUAUUUCUGAUUGGUUGAAUUAAUAUGGUCGAAAAUUAUUUUAAAAAGAAAGGAAAGAUAGUGAUAUUUUUUGUAAUUAACUUAAAAAUCUAAGCGUGUAAUUUUAAUAGAAAUUCUGAUUUAAUAGCAUAAAUCGAAAUAUUUUUCCUCCCGUCAGAGCAUCAUUAUUCCAGGCUCUUAAUGGGUCUCUUAUGUUAAUUUUCAUUUAAAACAAAAUCAAAAACACAAAUUAAUACAAGGGACGUUUCUUAUUUACGGGAAGCAAGGGACGGUUCUUAAUGGACACUUGUCGUCGUUUGGUUCUGUUAUUUCUCUCUCUCGAAACCUUUCUCUCUCGAUCAAAGUCGCAAACUUUGCUUCGAAUUCAAUCCAUCUCUCACCUUCCCUUGCAAUCAAAUCUCCAAAUAAAUUAAUCUCUCUGCGCGAUUCUCGCUCUUCUUCUCCGACAGAGAAAGGUCUCGAGCUUCUUCUUAGGUUGAGCCUAGGUCGAAAAGGGUAUCGAGAUUGUAGAGGUUUCUCACGCUGAUGAUUAUUCUUCUUGUUCGUCGUCAUCACCUUCUGAUUUUGUGGCUUUUGUGUGAUCUAAAAUAUCUAUCGUGGCUUCAUCUCUCCUAUUUUUAAGCAA